AUGCAACCACCCCUCGUUUCCCGCUUUGAACGAUACGAACCUCCUCUCACCCCUAGGAAGGUUCUCAACACCCCUACGAUGGCCGAAAAGCAACCAGAAAAGGCUCCUGCCCUGGGCAUCCAGCGCGGCAAUUACAACCGGUCCCUCGCUGGCCCGCUGCUCCUGGGAAUGGGCAGAAUCAUUUCCCUACCGCUCCAACACUUGGUCAUUACUGCACAUCCCCUCUCGCGGUUCCAGAUACCGCGCCCACCUACCCACGGCGUACUUGACCUACCAAUCAUGGGCGCGCAACCCCAAAUCUCCACCAUCUUCCUCGGAAUGACCGCCACCCUCAUCCUCAAGCAAAACGUCUGGAUCUGGGGCUAUUGCAACGAGCUCAUCACCGUCCCCUUCGCUUUCUUCGGCGUCAUGGUACCCGCGAUAUACGAGUCCCUUUCAGCCCUGGUCUUUACCUCCGCAGCGUCAAACCCUUUAUGGCGUCCAGAGUUUUUGUAUGCAGGCGCUGCGGUGCAUUUGCUUGCUGCGGUGACGGAGCUUGUGAGCGAACUUGGGCGCGCGAGUUUUAAGAGUAAGAAGGAGAACAAGGGAAGACUGUAUAGGGGAGGGCUGCUUGGCUUGGUGAGGCAUCCCAAUUAUGCGGCUAAUGUGGUGUAUGGGGCGGCGUAUGGGUUUGCGGCUGGCGGACCAUUGUAUGCUUUGUUCACGGGGGCGUUCUACUGGAGUAAUUUGACAGGUAAUGCGACGCCGACGAAGGAGAAGUACCUCGCGGAGAGGUAUCCGGAGGAGUGGGAGGGAUAUAAGAGGGAGGUGAGGUGGAAGAUGUUUCCUGGUAUCUUCUAA